UUCAUGACUGUGGGGAUGCAGCCUCCGGGAGAAAAAAAACCCACUUUACAGAUGGGAUCCUCAAUUCAGAGAAGUUUGUUGGCUUUCGGAUUCCAGGACAAUGGCGACGAGCACUCUGAAGGAGGUCUGGUUGAGAACCACGUGGAUGGGACCGUGAACCUGUUAGGCGGCGGAGGUGGUGCUGGCAGGAAGCCCCUCAAGUCAGGCAUGAAGGAGCUGGCCGUGUUCAGGGAGAAGGUCACCGAGCAGCACCGGCAGAUGGGCAAGGGUGGCAAGCAUCACCUGGGUCUGGACGAGCCCAAGAAGCUGCGGCCCCCACCUGCCAGGACCCCCUGCCAGCAGGAAUUGGACCAGGUCCUGGAGCGGAUCUCCACCAUGCACCUUCCGGAUGAGCGGGGCCCUCUGGAGCACCUCUACUCCUUGCACAUCCCCAACUGUGACAAGCACGGCCUGUAUAACCUCAAACAGUGCAAGAUGUCUCUGAACGGGCAGCGUGGGGAGUGCUGGUGCGUGAACCCCAACACUGGGAAGCUGAUCCAGGGAGCCCCCACCAUCCGGGGGGACCCCGAGUGUCACCUCUUCUACAACGAGCAGCAGGAGGCUCGUGGGGUACACAGCCAGCGGAUGCAGUAAAACCACAGCCAGCCGGUGCCGGGCACCCCCUGCCCCCACCCCCUCUCCAAACACUGGCAGAGGGAGGAGAGCCUUGCGUGGUGGGUGGGGAGGGUUUUCCAGGAGUGUUGACACGUGUAUUUAUAUUUGGAAAGAGACCAGCACCGAGCUCGGCACAGCCCCGCCUUCCCCCUCCCCGGCGCCCUCGCCUUCUCCUAUCCCUGCUGGGGAGGGAGGGUGCUUGCAGGGGUGGAGUUGGGGUGAAGGUUGGGGAGGGGGGAAAAAGAAAUUUUUAUUUUUGAACCCCCGUGUCUCUUUUGCUUAAGAUUAAAGGAAGGAAAAAUACA